AUGGGCAAUCAAAGCACCAGGCGGUCGACGACACAUCGAAAACACGUCAUGCACUCUUGGAACGUUCUCUGCAAACAGGGUCCGACGCUGAUCAACGAUGCUAUCAGUGAAGCAUGGCUAAAGGCGGCCGAAUUGACACCGACAUGGGUAUGGGCGCUUGUGGACCUACCGGAGACAAUGCAUGCCAAUUACAAAGAAAACGCACGAUUUCUUCACCUUAUUCAGCAGGUUCGCAAUUUCCUUCAUCUAUUGAUCAAAGUGCACAGAUGCGAUGCGGAAAUGAUUAAAACGUUGGCGUUUCGGCUCGGAACGCGUCACAAAAACUACAUGAACGAGGGAAAUGAUAACUCGUAUUGGGCUCCAUUCGCUCAACAAUUGCCCAUAUCGAUUGCUAAGACGUAUAUGGAUGUGGUUAAUCAUGAUAGUCGGAUCCGACGCCUGUUUCGCGUUCGCGUGCACGCUGAUCGAAGUGAAGAGGAGGAGUUAGUGGAUGCAUGGCGACAGUUGAUGAACACCAUCGUCGAAUCCAUGAAACGCGGCUACGAAGGAUGUGCUUCGCAAAAGACGCCGAUGAGACUUAGUAUCACCAAGUACGCCCUUCAAGGCACAUUUUCUUUUUGCUACGCAAAACCUUUUCCUUUUACCUCUGAGUUUAUUCGGCUGAAGGUAAACUCUUCUUUUAGUAGUAUCAUCUCUAUGGCGUCGCUGCGUUCUGGACGUAGUCGGUCGGCACCACAUUUCCUUGAGCCCGCCCUAUCUCCAGUACUGGGUAAGUUUAUCAUCUCGUAUUUAUCAUUCAUUGCCAUAUUUAGACUCAAAAACUUUUAA